CUCUCUGCAAGACGCAUUUUGUAAUACGGAAGCGUGGGUUACUAGUCGAAAUGGCCGAGAUGGAAAUCGAGGAAUUCAUUGAACAAAACAGGCAUUUGGCCACGCUUGUAGAUACAUAUCGUGGCAUCUCAGAGAGUGAAAAACACUGGAAGGCCAGGAGGGAAUUCCUAUUUAGAAAUAUAAACGACUUUGAAGACCCACACAUUGACCAGCUGCUAGCAUUGUCCAUGGUAUGGGCCAACAACGUGUUUCUUGGCUGUCGAUACAGUCCAGACCUCCUGGAGAAAAUGAAGGAAAUGGCUGAAGGAAUUGUGGUGGAGGAUGCCCCUGUUUUCAAAACCAGAGAUGAGAUAAUGAAAAACCAGAAACGAUGAUUGGAGGACCUGGUCUGUUAUGGAUUGAUUACCUUACUGUCCAACUUUCCUUUUUCCAGAUGCAUAUGAUUUUUAAAUGUUGUUUUCUUACAUGCAAGCUUAUUGUUUUUUAAUUAGGUAUUACAACAAACGUAACAUAAGCAAUAACUUUUGAAACAUUUUAUACAUUAAAAUAAUUGUAGUUGAUUGGCCUGCUUCAAUAUCUGAUGUACUUGACAAUGGCCAUUAUCUGAAUACCAUGGGUGAGAACAUGUUGCAAGAAUAAACAUUGUAAGGCCAGAAAUAUGCCA